AUGUGGGGCGCAAAUGCAGGAACCUUGUCAUUCAUGGUUGGCCAUACAAAGCCUACAGAGACCGACGUCGUGGGAAAGCGCGUUUAUGAAACGCUUUCACUGGCCGGGGUCCCUAGCACGAUUGCUUUCUGUGGCGGUCUUUGUAUGGGACAAGUGGCCAAAAUUGCUCAUAACUACAUCACCCUAGGAAACAACCUGGUCGCUACGGAGGGCAUGGCUAUCGGGCUCAAGUAUGGAAUCGACCAGAAAGCUCUAUUCAAGUGCAUAACGGAGGGAGCAGCCAAUUCGUGGGUGAUGGGCCUGGAGCAGCCCGUUCCCGGUCUUGUGUCCGAUGCCCCAUCUAGCAACAAAUAUAAGAGAGCAUUCGGCCCUGAAUUGAGUGUGAAGGACCUAACUAUUGGCAUCGACUCCGCCAAGAAAGUUGGAAUAAAUCCCACCGCAGGAGAGGCAGCCAUUGCAGCUUCCCGCAAAGUCGUGGCCGACCCUCGUACAAAGGUUGGUGCCAGACCCCAAACUGUUAACAAUCCGUAA